AUGUCGGCCAUUUGCACCAACGGAGUGGUCAGAGGAGGCGGAGCGUAUUACCUCAUUUCCCGAAGUUUGGGGCCAGAGUUCGGAGGAUCCAUCGGUCUGAUUUUUGCCUUUGCCAACGCAGUGGCGGUGGCUAUGUACGUGGUGGGCUUUGCAGAAACUGUGGUGGAAAUACUGCUGGACAACAACGCUCUGAUGGUGGACCCUCUGAACGACAUCCGCAUCGUGGGCUGCAUCACUGUGGUUCUGCUCCUGGGCAUUUCUGUGGCAGGGAUGGAAUGGGAGGCAAAGGCUCAGCUCGUCCUCCUCGUCGUCCUGUUAGUGGCCAUUGUCAACGUAUUUGUGGGGACCGUCAUUCCUGCAACCGAGAGCAAGAAAUCUCAGGGAUUCUUCAACUACGACUUGCGGAUAUUCAUGGAGAAUUUUGCCCCGGAUUUCCGAGGACCAGAGAAUUUCUUCACAGUCUUCUCCAUCUUUUUCCCUGCUGCCACUGGGAUCCUCGCAGGGGCAAAUAUUUCUGGAGAUUUGAAAGACGCUCAAGCUGCCCUCCCUAAAGGAACCUUGUUGGCGAUUGCAAUCACUGGUGUCACGUACCUCGGAGUGGCUCUCGUCGUCUCUGCCACUGUGGUGAGGGAUGCCACUGGAAAUGUGUUUGAUAACAUCACAGCCGGAGACAUGGAGUGUAUUGGCAGCACCGCGGUCGCUGCGUGUGAGCUGGGCUACAACUUCACCUCUUGCGCAGUUACGGCUUGUAAAUAUGGGCUCAUGAACAACUUCCAGGUUAUGACCAUGGUCUCUGGAUUCGGUCCCUUGAUCAUCGCCGGGACAUUUUCUGCCACACUUUCCUCCGCUCUGGCCUCUCUUGUCAGCGCCCCCAAAGUUUUCCAGGCUCUUUGCAAAGACAACAUCUACAAAAUCCUGCACUUUUUUGCCAAAGGACACGGCAAGAACGACGAACCGAUCCGCGGCUACAUCCUCACUUUCAUCAUCUCUGUGGCCUUUAUUCUCAUUGGCGACCUGAACACCAUCGCUCCAAUCAUCUCUAACUUCUUCCUUGCUUCAUACGCUCUCAUUAACUUCUCCUGCUUCCAUGCAUCCUGGGCCAAAUCACCCGGGUGGAGACCAGCUUACAAAUUCUACAACAUGUGGCUGUCUCUGCUGGGGGCCAUCCUGUGCUGCGCUGUGAUGUUUGUGAUAAAUUGGUGGGCCGCUCUGCUCACCUACGGCAUCGAGAUCCUGCUAUACAUUUAUGUCACUGUCAAUAAACCCGAUGUGAAUUGGGGAUCUUCGACUCAAGCUGUGACUUAUGUUAGUGCAGUGAACAACGCUCUCUCUCUGUCCGGGGUCAAUGAGCACGUCAAGAACUUCAGACCUCAAAUCUUGGUUCUGACGGCUUCGGUUCGGACCAGACCAGCUCUUCUGGACUUGGCUCACUCCUUUACUAAGUCCUUCGGCAUGUGUCUCACGUGCGAAGUGUUCGUGGGUCCAAGAUCAGAGGCUCUGGAGGAGAUGAACGCCAACAUGGAGAAGAACCAGCUGUACCUGCGCAAGGCCAAGAGAAAGGCUUUCUACACCGGAGUGGUCUGUGAAGACUUCAGAGAAGGAGCGGUCGCCCUCCUGCAGGCGACAGGUCUGGGGAGAAUGAAGCCGAACACUCUGAUGAUGGGAUUUAAGACAAACUGGAGAACGGCUGGAGCUGAGGCCGUGCAGAACUAUGUGGGACUGCUCCAUGAUGCCUUUGAUUUUGAGUACGGGAUGGUAUUGCUGAGGAUGGACGAGGGAUUAGACGUGGGCCACAUCGUCGAAGCAGAAGAUGAGAUGUUGAAGGCGGCGAAGGAGCAGCAGGCUCUGGAGGAGGAGAUGACGCCCAACGGAGGAAAAGCCAAAGGACUCUUCCGGAAGUCCAGGAACUCCUCACAGCAAGUGCUAACCACCAGAGUGUCGGUGUGCGCUCCCCCUCCUCCGCAGGUGGCUAAGAUGAAUGAGAAACUAGUGCUGGCCAGUAACCAGUUUAAGAAGAAGCAGCCCAAAGGAACCAUCGACGUGUGGUGGCUGUUCGACGACGGCGGUCUGACUCUGCUGCUGCCGUACAUCUUGACCACACGAAAGAAGUGGAAGGACAGCAAACUCCGGAUCUUCAUCGCUGGACAGCCGGGACGCACCGAGCAAGACAAGAUUGAGAUGAAGUCUCUGUUGGUUAAAUUCAGAAUAAACUGCAGUGACAUCACAGUCAUUGACGACCUCCACAUCAGCCCCAGAUCUGAGAGUCUUAAGAAGUUGGAUGAAAUGAUUGCCCCGUUCCGUCUGAAAGAGGACUCCAGGGGCUCUGCGGAAACUCUUCACAAACAGUUUCCCUGGAAGAUUACAGACGAGGAGCUCAGCACGUUUGAAGAGAAGACCAACCUGCAGGUGCGGCUGAAUGAGCUCCUCCAGGAACACUCCAAAUCGGCUAAUCUUAUCAUUGUGAGCAUGCCCAUAGCGCGUAAGGACUCCGUGUCUGACUGCCUGUACAUGGCGUGGCUCGACAGUUUGACACAAAACCUUCCUCCCACUUUGCUGAUUAGAGGAAACCACAAGAGCGUGCUCACGUUCUACUCGCAGUUUUCCUCUCGGAUGAACAACCAAAACAAAGACGUGAUAGACGCUUCUGCCAUUUCUCCAUCAAAGAAGGCGAGACUGCAGCAGGAGGACAGGGUCGUGCUGAGGUUCGCCAAACUCUCGGAACAUGCGACCACACCGACCCGGGGAUCGGCCAAAGCGGCGGGAUACGACCUCUACAGUGCAUACGACUACCUUGUUGGACCCAUGGACAAGGCCAUUGUAAAGACAGACAUCCAGAUAGCAGUUCCUCCUGGUCACUACGGUAGAGUGGCUCCCAGGUCUGGGCUGGCGGCUAAACACUUCAUCGAUGUUGGAGCUGGUGUGGUCGAUGAGGAUUACAGAGGGAACGUCGGAGUCGUGCUCUUCAACUUCAACAAGGAACCCUUUGAAGUGAAAAAAGGCGACAGAGUGGCCCAGCUGGUCUGUGAGAGGAUCUGUUACCCCGAUCUACAGGAGCUGGAGACGCUUGAUGAGACUGAGCGAGGCGCAGGAGGCUUUGGAUCCACUGGACGCAACUGA